CACGUGAGUUCUUUGGGGUCUGUCCAUUGAUGCGUCGUGGCCCAGCCGCCGGGGGCUUGAACUCUUAACGCGCUCCGGAGUCUGCGCUCCCGUGUAGUCUGGUGAAGGUUGCACUUCUCCAGUGUAGCUAGGAGCGCUGCCGGCGUUUUCUUUCUGGCCCGGCCAUGCCGACGGUGCUGGGUUUUGAAGGCAGCGCCAACAAGGUCGGUGUAGGAGUUGUCCGGGAUGGUCAGGUACUGGCGAACCCCCGGCGGACUUAUAUUACACCUCCCGGCACAGGAUUCCUUCCAGGUGAUACUGCCAGGCACCACCGAGCCGUUAUCCUGGACCUGCUGCAGGAGGCCCUAACAGAGGCUGGAUUGACCCACCAGGAUAUUGACUGCAUUGCCUACACCAAAGGCCCUGGCAUGGGUGCCCCACUGGUUUCGGUGGCUGUUGUGGCCCGUACUCUGGCCCAGCUGUGGAAUAAGCCAUUGCUUGGUGUGAACCACUGUAUAGGCCACAUUGAGAUGGGCCGCCUCAUCACUGGAGCCAGCAACCCAACUGUGCUGUACGUCAGUGGAGGAAAUACACAGGUGAUUGCAUAUUCAGAACAUCGUUACCGCAUCUUUGGGGAAACCAUCGAUAUUGCUGUGGGUAAUUGUCUGGAUCGUUUUGCUCGAGUACUGAAGAUUUCCAAUGACCCAAGUCCAGGCUACAACAUUGAACAGAUGGCUAAGCGAGGGAAGAAGCUAGUGGAGCUGCCAUACACUGUAAAGGGGAUGGAUGUCUCAUUCUCGGGGAUCCUUUCUUUCAUUGAGGAUGCAGCCCAGCGGAUGCUGGCCACAGGCGAGUGUACUCCUGAGGAUCUGUGUUUCUCCCUGCAGGAAACCGUGUUUGCAAUGCUGGUAGAGAUCACAGAGCGAGCCAUGGCACAUUGUGGCUCCCAGGAGGCCCUCAUCGUAGGAGGUGUAGGGUGUAAUAGGAGGCUACAGGAAAUGAUGGAGACAAUGUGCCAGGAACGUGGAGCCCAGCUUUUUGCCACAGAUGAGAGAUUCUGCAUUGACAAUGGGGCCAUGAUAGCCCAUGCUGGAUGGGAGAUGUUUCGGGCCGGACACAGGACCCCGCUUAGUGAUUCUGGAGUCACACAGAGGUAUCGGACAGAUGAAGUAGAAGUGACCUGGAGGGACUAACAAGAUUGUCAGGAUCAGAGUAGACAGUAAUGCCCUCGGUGGAGCCUCAGGGGCCCUGGGCCUUAAUCUCUAUGCUGAUGUGUGAGCCCUGGCAAGGCUAGGGACUCCCAUUUCCCAUCCAUUUGAACCUCAAGUUGACUAAGCAAUAAAAUAUUUUUGGUUUCGUA